AGUUGCUGUGGCGACCUCUCCUCCUCUCAGUGAUGGAGGUGUGUUUGUGUUUGUGCACUAAACUUCACUUUUCAUCGUCUUUACAGCGUGUUUUUAACUUAAAACAAAGCAAAAGACACGGGCAGUUACUUACCUGACAGGUGACUUGGUUUAAAUAUUUUUGCUGAUCGUCGCUCUGAUGGUGCUGACUCUCCUCUGUGGAUCCCCUCAGCCUGCAUCCCUGAACUUCCUCAUGUAUCACAAAGGCAGAGCAGUCAAGGCAGUGUGUCAGAGAGGGGGUGAAGAGGAGGAAAAAGCAGAGAAGAAGACUAUUUGGACCGAGCUGAGAGUGUGUUUAUGUUUGCAUGUCUCACCAUUGGAUGGCUGGGUGAAAGGGCACGAGGAGAAGAGUAAGAGUAAGAGUAGGAGGAGGAGGAGGAGAGGGAAGCCUGCCUGGAUGAAAUGCUCGGUGUCAUGUCACUACGUGUGGACCUUGACUGAUCACAGGGUGAGGAAAGCUGAUCACAGGGUGAGGAAAAGGGACGCUGAGAGGAAGACGAGGAGGUGGAGAAACUGAGACUUCACUGGGAAAAGAAGAAGGAGGAGGAGGAGGUAAAGUCUGGCACUCCGUUUUAUCAUGACAUUGUUGGAUAAACGAACAGACGGAUUUGGCGCUCUUCAGUUGUGUGUCAACAAGAAUUUGCCUUAGAAGAGAGAAGGAAAGAAAAAGACUCUGCUGUGUUUGACCCAGCUGAAGAGCAAGGACUGGACUUACAGAGUGUGUGUGUGUGGGUUGGUUUGUGUGACCGGUGGAGGGCAGAGGAGUGGAGGGCCAGGGGACUAACCUGGCCAUCAAACGGACUGGCAGCCUCUCCUCUCCUGGGAUCAUGUACCCUCAGGGCAGGCAUCCGGUCCCCUUACAACCCGGCCAGUCUUUCAAGUUCACAGUCCUGGAAACCCUGGAUCGAAUCAAGGAGGAAUUCCAGUUCCUCCAGGCGCAGUAUCAUAGCCUGAAGCUGGAGUGUGAGAAGCUGGCCAGUGAGAAGACGGAGAUGCAGAGGCACUACAUCAUGUACUACGAAAUGUCCUACGGUCUCAACAUUGAGAUGCACAAACAGGCGGAGAUUGUGAAGCGUCUCAGUGCCAUCUGCGCUCAGAUCAUCCCUUUCCUCUCUCAAGAGCACCAGCAACAGGUGGUCCAAGCAGUGGAGAGGGCCAAGCAGGUCACCAUGGCUGAACUCAACGCCAUUAUCGGGCAGCAGCAGCUCCAGCACCUGUCUCAUCAUGCUCCGGGCAUCCCUCUGACGCCUCACCCAUCAGGCCUGUCCCUGGGGGCAGGCGGCUCAGGGCUUCUCGCUCUGACCGGCGCCCUGGGGGUUGCCCACCUCGCCUCCAAAGAUGAGCGCAACCACCUCGAUCCCGAACAUCUCAGAGAGGGAGCGCCCAGCAGGAGUAAGUCAGUGUCGUCAACAGACAGCCAGCCUCCCGAGGAACGCCAGGGCCCGUCAGGAGGCUACUCCUCCUCGCAGGGAGGAGCUGAGGCAAAGAGGAGGCGCUGUGAUGACAAAGAGCCCCUUCCGCCACACUCCUAUGACAGCGAUGGAGACAAGAGUGAAGACAAUCUCGUAGUGGACGUCUCCAAUGAAGAGCCUAACUCUCCUGUGGGCAGCCCUCCCCACUCCCCCCACGGGAACGGGUUAGACCGGGCUCCCACCCUGAGGAAAGAGCUCCCGGGCUCCUCGAGCACAGGAGAGGCCCCCUCCACCCCAAACCCCCGCAGCCCCACCCCAGGGAAGGCCAAGGACUCGGCACAGAUGGAUAAGUCCCAGUCUCCGUUGUCCAAGUCUGGCACCCCGUCCCCGUCCCACCGUGAGGCCCUUACCCCUGGAGCACCGGGAGCCCCCGGUCCCAGCACCUCCUGCCUUCGUCUGGUCAGCAAAGCAGCAUCCAGUGCAGACCCCCUUGCUCUCCGCAGUCCCAUGUCUGUGCCCCCCGGUUCAUACCCGGCUCAUUUUGGCGUGGUGUCCCACGCAGGCCUGAACGGGGAGCUGGCCAGCCCUGGAGGUUUCGGUGGGGCUCUUACUCUCUCUCCACAAAUCAGCGCAGCAGCCAAUGCCUACUCCCGAAGCCCCAUGGUGGCGUAUGACUCUCGGUCUCACCUGAGGGCGCCAGGGCUGUCCUCCUCUCUGCCUGGUUCCUCUGGCGGCAAGCCCGCCUACUCGUUCCACGUGAGUGCAGAUGGCCAGAUGCAGCCGGUGCCCUUUCCCCCCGACGCCCUGCUGGGCCCGGGAAUCCCUCGCCACGCCCGUCAGAUUCACACCCUGAACCACGGAGAGGUGGUGUGCGCCGUCACCAUCAGCACCUCGACACGCCACGUCUACACCGGAGGCAAGGGCUGCGUCAAGGUGUGGGACAUCAGCCAGCCUGGCAGCAAGAGCCCCAUGGCCCAGCUGGACUGUCUGAACAGGGAUAACUACAUCCGCUCCUGUAAAAUCCUCCCUGACGGACGGACCUUGAUCGUCGGCGGGGAGGCCAGCACGCUGUCAAUCUGGGAUUUGGCCACGCCCACUCCUCGCAUCAAGGCGGAGCUUACGUCGUCCGCUCCCGCCUGCUACGCUCUGGCCAUCUCCCCUGACAACAAGGUCUGCUUCUCCUGCUGCAGCGACGGCAACAUCGUCGUCUGGGAUCUUCACAACCAGACGCUGGUCAGGCAGUUCCAGGGCCACACAGACGGAGCGAGCUGCAUCGACAUCUCCAACGACGGCACCAAACUGUGGACGGGAGGGCUGGACAACACCGUCCGCUGCUGGGACCUCCGAGAGGGACGCCAGCUCCAGCAGCACGACUUCACCUCGCAGAUCUUCUCUCUGGGCUACUGUCCGACAGGCGAGUGGCUGGCUGUGGGAAUGGAGAGCAGUAAUGUGGAAGUCCUGCACGUCUCCAAACCUGACAAGUACCAGCUGCACCUCCAUGAGAGCUGCGUUCUCUCCCUUAAGUUCGCCUACUGCGGCAAGUGGUUCGUGAGCACAGGAAAAGACAAUCUGUUGAAUGCAUGGAGGACACCAUAUGGAGCCAGCAUUUUCCAGUCCAAGGAGUCCUCGUCUGUGCUGAGCUGUGACGUCUCCCCGGACGACAAGUACAUAGUGACAGGCUCUGGGGACAAGAAGGCCACGGUGUACGAGGUGGUGUACUGAGGGCCAGGACAAGAUGGGAAGAGACAGGACGGAGAUUUUGGGGUGUUUUUUUUGGAAAAUGGAGGGGGGGCAACGAGUUGCCUGGCCAACCGCUCCUGAUCCUCAUUACAUCAGCACCUCUGUCUCAAUCCUCUGAGUCCUCCUGACCCUCACCCCUAAUACAUCACCCCCUCUCCCCCCUUUUUCCUGUGAUAUAAGCUACUGUGGGAGCUCCCAAAUGCCUCCUCUUCCUCCCCCCUUCCACUUUUAGCCCAAGGAUGAGGCAUGAUAGCAGAGAGAGGCAGAAAGGGAAGCAGCAAGAUAAGAAGGACAAAGGAAAAGGGCGGUGGAGCAUAAAGAUAAAGUCGGGAGGGAAAGACAAGAAGGAGGAGAGAAAGCGAGAGUGCGGAAGGAAAAGAAAUGAAAGGGAGGAAGAGGAGGAGUAGGAGGAGGAGGGAGGCAGGGUAAUUAGGGCUGUUUCCUGAUUAAGAGCUCAGUGGAAGGGAGGCCCCCAGAGGAGGCGCGGAGCGGCACUGUGGGAGCGCCAGCCAGGAGCACUGAUACCACACAAUCGAUUCAUUAGCCAGACAGUGGAAGCCUUAAUGAGGCUGACGCCGCAGCUCGCUCUCCCCAGCGAGAGGUGUCAGGAGCUGGGGAACGAUGACGCUCCGAGAUGGAGGGGGUCGCUUCAGAUAUCCACAUAACACUGACAUGAAACAUAGACCUGCUCACACACACACACGGGCGCACGUCAUCGGGCAAGAAUACAAAAAAAACUCUCGGAUACACCCCCUUGAGGUAAUCGUAGGAAGAGAGAAACGCAUACACACACACAACACACCGAGCACCCAAUUAAACAUUCAUCGCAGCGCUCCCCGUCUCACUGCUUAAUAUCUAUUUUAUUUUGGUCUGACAAAGGCAGCGUCUAAUGAGCAGCGGAGUCAAUGGGAUUCUCCCAGGGCCCAGAGACACAAACACAGAACAUCAGCCGAGCUGUUCCCUCUAAUUCCUCCGGAUUGUUCUCCUGACACCGGGCGCUGCACUCACUCUCAUUAAAGGCACUGUCAGCUAGAUGAAGUAGCAGCACGCCAACUUCACUGUAAGGCAGACAAGAGGGCAAAUUAACACAACCGAUUACGCUAUCAUCAGCAGCCAACUAAGCAGCGACUAAUCCCAAUCCUUUCAAAUUUUAUGCAACUGGUUGCUGUUUUCAUUUACAAACCAGAUGAGAAUUACAUGUUUAUCAGAGUCAUUAUCUCCGUCUCCGCCUGCCUGCUGAUGUGCUAGUGUUCAAAGUGCUCUGGCUAAAUCUUGUUCGGUAAGCUAUUGAUUGCUAUUAAUUGAGAUGCAAAACACCUUAAAAGGAAAUGUUCGACAUUUUGGAAAAUACGCUCACAGAUUUAAAUGAGAAGAUUGAUGCCACUCAUGUCUGUAGACUAAGUAUGAAGCAGCCUGGUAACUUAUCUCAGCAUAAAGACUGGAAACAGCUAGCCUAGAUCUGUCCAGAAAUAACAAAAUCUAGUAUCUAAAAAAAUCUAUAGUAAAAAAGCACCUCUCAAGCUCACUAUUUAACAGGUAAUAUUUUGUGUUAGAACGACAAUUUGCUGUUUUACCUGGUGUUGAGGAGUAACUUCCUGCAGUUACUUGCUGGUUUCCUGGUAACUGCUCCCAGACAAAAAGUAGUCACGCACAUAACCGCCCUGUAAAACAGCAAAAUAUUGUUUUUACACUUAAGUUAUGGUAUGGCUUCAAGAAACAGGAUGUUCCUAACGACUUAUAUCCCUGACAUUUAAAUGUAAGUUUAAACUUAGACUAGUUGACUAGUCGAAAAGUAAGAAAACA